AAGCUCUAGAGCUGCCUGCCCGCGAUUGAUUGACACCAUAUCGAAAGCCCGCCGACCAACAGAGCCCGCACCGCCCGCCAGAAGAAGCACCUCCGCGCAUUUCCCGCCCACCACCAGACGACCCCCCGCCGACCCCCCAAUCCGAUACCCACGAGAAGACCCUCCCCGGGAGCUGAGCGCGGCUGCAGCGAGACGGCGCCUUCACCAUGUUCAGAAACAACUAUGACAACGACUCGGUGACAUUCUCGCCACAAGGUCGUAUCUUCCAGGUCGAGUACACAGCAGAGGCAGUCAAGCAGGGCUCAGUAGUCGUCGGCCUGGCGAGCAAGACCCAUGCGAUCCUAGUAGCCGUCAAGCGAAAUGCCGAAGAGCUCUCGUCGUACCAGAAGAAGCUGUUCCCGCUCGACGAGCACGUCGGCAUCGCCAUCGCGGGUCUAGCGUCGGACGCGCGUGUGCUGUCCAACUUCAUGAAGCAGCAGUGCCUGGGUCACCGCCUGACGUACGGGCGCUCCCUGCCCGUGCGCACGCUCGUCGACCUGAUCGGCGAGAAGGCCCAGGUGAACACGCAGCACUACGGCAAGAGGCCCUACGGCGUCGGCCUGCUGGUGGCGGGCGUCGACGAUCGCGGCCCCCACCUGUUCGACUUCCAGCCCUCGGGCAUGACGGAGGAGAUGGUGGCCUUUGCCAUCGGCGCCCGCUCCCAGAUGGCCCGCACCUAUCUCGAGCGCAACCUCGACAAGUUCGCCAGCUGCGACCGCGAGGAGCUGCUCAAGCACGGCCUCCGCGCUCUCAAGGAGAGCCUGGUCCAGGACAAGGAGCUCACCACGGACAACACAUCGGUCGGCAUCGUCGGGCUCGUAAAGGGCGACGACGGCAAGCAGCGCGUUGAGCCCUUCAGGCUCUACGACGGACAGGAGGUCAAGGAGUGGAUAGACAGCGUCUCUGACGAGAGGGAGGCCGCCGGCGACGCUGGUGACGCCGGUGACGCCGCUCCCGCCGCUCCCGCCGCCGCCGCCGCCGAGGGCAUGGAUGUUGACGAGUAAAGAAGGGGAAAAAGAAAGGGCCGGGAUUGAUCGGGUUAGGUACUACCGACGACUUGCCUAGUGCCAUGCAGGACGGAAGGAGGGAAAAAUGAGGAACGGGGGAGAAACGUUAUUCACAUGUUGAAUCGACAGCUCGCUCUGAGGGACCACGAGCUGCUUCCCCUCACCACCGCCCCUAGCAUGGCCGGCGGUCAAUUCUAGAUACCCAGCCAACCCCUUUAGGCAUCAGGCGAUAUCUCCUCCGGCUGCUCAGUGCUGUGUAGUAGUGCCGUUAAGCGGUAGUGGUCUGGCCUCUGUACAACAGAACCAACACACCUUUGGCUGUCCUACGAAGUUUUACAAAUACUAAUAUUCAGAGAGAUAGGGGCACCUUGUUAUCUUUUUGAUUCUUUUUUUUAUUGUUCUUCUUGUCCU